UUGACUUUUAAAAAAUAUGAUGAGAGAUUUUUUUACAAAAAAAGAUGAUGAGAUAAGAUAAAGUUCUUUAUAAAAAAAAUGUUAUUCCCCUCUUUUAAAAAUUAGAGUAUUCCACAAUUCUCACAUAAAUCGUGCUCUUUCUACUGCUAUGGCCUUCAAAUUUCUCGGUUUAUAUAGUUUCUCUCUCCUAAUUUUCUCCGCCGCCGUCGCCGCCGAUAACUCCGCCGUCUCUUUCUGUCGCCCUCCUCACUAUUAUAUCGGUGUUUGAAACAAUCGAAAGUAUGGGGGAUGUAAUUGAUUUAACUGGUGAUGGUGGUGUUUUGAAGACUUUUGUAAGGCGGCCUAAGGAUAAUGCUGUUGGUCCAACUGAUGAACUUCCUCUUGUAGAUGUUCGUUAUGAAGGCAUUCUGGCUGAAACAGAGGAAGUCUUUGAUAGUACACACGAAGACAAUACAAUCUUUUCAUUUGAGAUAGGACAGGGCACAGUGAUCAAAGCAUGGGAUAUUGCAGUCAAAACUAUGAAGGUUGGUGAAAUAGCUAAGAUUACUUGCAAGCCCGAGUAUGCAUAUGGAAGUGCAGGUUCACCUCCAGAUAUUCCUCCAGGUGCAACCUUAAUAUUUGAGGUGGAGUUGGUAGCCUGUCGACCACGCAAGGGUAUGAGUGUUGGUGGUGCUGCAGAUGAGAGGGCUAGGCUUGAGGAGUUGAAAAAGCAGAGAGAGAUGGCAGCUGCAAUGAAAGAAGAAGAGAAGAAGAAGCGAGAGGAAGCUAAAGCAGCUGCUGCUGCUCGUAUCCAGGCCAAGAUGGAGGCGAAGAAAGGCCAGGGGAAGGGAAAGGGCAAAGGAAAAUAGGCGCUCUGAUGCAGUUCCAUUUGCUUAAUGAAGGAAGCCCUAGCAGAGCUGCAGAGGGAUAAAGAGUAAUAUGCUGCAAAUGGUUCUCAAAAUUAAUGAUUUAAUAGGUAAAUUAGUUUAACCUAUUAGUAGCUGUCAAAAUAUAAUGUAGCCCAUUUCCAAAUAUUCCAAUUAAUAGAUUGAUUUUUCCCAGUUUGAAAUUACUACUAAAUAGUACCCCAAAGUUGUAACUAAAAAAAAUUGGAGGUAGCAUUUAAUUUUUUAUUUUAGUGUUUAGAGCGCCAUAAGGGCAGGGUGAGAAUCAAUCCCAAUAUCUCUUGAAAUCGGGGAGGAAAGCUCUAACCACUUGAGCUAUCCCCCUCACUCUCUGAAAUUACUAUUUCAUAAUUUGUCUUGAGACUUGUUUAAGAAAGAAAAUGACACCAA